UCUAGCAACGUGUCGAUGGUCCCUAACUUUGAUGUACUUUAGCUAGCUAGCAAGCAAGGCAAGGCAGCAACAUAUUCAGCAGCUAGUUAGUCGUACAAGCUUUGAAAGAGGAGAAAGUCCAUUGAUCUUACGCUCUACCUCAACAUGACGACCCUCUGCAAGCGUUAUGUCGAAAUACGUCCGUUGAUCACCAAAUAUGGAGUUUCGCUGAGCAACUAUCUUCAUUUACGGCCGAAGCACGAAUUCUUUGUGGACAUGACAUGUGAGGGAUGCUCUGGUGCAGUUACCCGAGUCCUCAAUAAACUGGGUGGUGUCCAAUUUGAGAUCGACCUCCCCAACAAGAAGGUUUUCAUUGAGUCUGACAAGGACACGGACGUGCUUCUGGAAACACUUAAGAAAACUGGAAAGGCAGCUAACUACAUCGGCCCCAAGUGAAGAAUCGUCCUCUUUUCUUUUAUAGAACAGGUGGACUCUCACGGUCUAAAUAUAUUAAGUGACCUAUCAAUUCAAUAUCGACAAAACGUCCCAUCCAUCCCUUACAGCUCUUUCCUCUUCUCACCAUUUGAAACCUGUUUUAGCCUAAUUGUUCUUGUUUCUGUGUGUUAGCUGUUGGGUUGGUGCUUAUCUGAAGGAUGACUAUGAGAAGAAAGAACCCUCUGACUGCAGAACAGUCUUGCUGUAAUGUCUUCAUGUAUCACUGUAAUGAGCUCGUGCUGUCCACUUUCAGUUAUUUAAACACUUAUUUAUGCAUCCCAAAUGGCACCCUAUGGACCCCGGUCCAAAGUAAGGCAUUAUAUACGGAAUAGAGUACUGUUUGGUAUGCAUCCACUAUGAAUAUCCAGAGUAGAUUGCUGACAAAAUGAAAUAGAGCAUGUCUAUGGGUUAAUGUUAGGCCUACUGCAGGUAAAUUAGAUUAUGUAAGAUUGAAGUCAGUUUUGUAAUUCACGUUGAUUUGCAGCUAUUGUAAUUCACGUUGAUUUGAACAGUUGGGGGGGGGGGCAAAUCAUCCUGCAUUAAGUUUUCCUUUCAUCUCUGAGUAUUGUUCAUGUUUACCCAUAUGUAAAAUUAAAAAGUUGAUUCUA